CGGGCGCAGAGCCGAGGAACCGAGCGCUGGGAUCCCGCCCGGGCACAGCCGCGAUGCCUCGGGUCGCUCCAGCCGAGGUGGGGGCUGGCCCUGGGGGUCGGCGCUGAGGCGGGGGGAGCCGCUGGGGAUGGAGCCGAUGCUUCCUGCGGCCGCAGAAACUUGAGCCGCGGCAGACAAACCUCUGCUCUGGUCUCUGCGCGCUCCUCACGAACCCCCGCGCGCUGCUUCGGGCGCAGAGCCGCUGCGCUCCUUUGCAGCGGGGGCGCAGGGGGGGUUGGCCGCGGCUCCCCGAGGCCAGCCCCCCCGGAGUGAGUGCUGCCACCAUGGCGGACGGGGCACCCCGGCCCCCGCUUUAUCGCAGCGUCUCGUUCAAGCUGCUGGAGCGCUGGAGCGGCGGGCCUGGGCUGAGGGAAGAGGACACCGACACCCCCGGGUUGCGGCGCCGCGCCUCGUGCCGGCCUACCACGGCAGUCCCGGGACAGCCCUCUCGGCGCGUGUCCAAGCUGGCGUCGGGGCCCCCGGCCGCCUCCGCGCAGCCGCGCCCGCUCCGCAGCCUCUCGCCGUCGGUGCGCCAGCUCUCCCGGCGCUUCGACGCGCCACGUCUGGAAGACGACUCCGCUGGGGCCCGGGACGGGGGCGUCUUCCCUGGGGCCGCGGAAGAAGCGGCCGAGAGCGCCGCGCGCGGGGCCUGGCCCAGCGUCACCGAGAUGCGCAAGCUCUUCGGCGGCCCUGGCUCCAGGAGGCCCAGCGCCGACUCUGAGGCCGCGGGCACGCCCAGCCCCGACGGUGCCGCGUGGGAGCCCCUGGCUCGGGAGCCCCGGCAGCCACCGACGCCACCUCCUCGGACGUGCUUCCCCCUGGCGGGUCUGCGUUCGGCGCGACCACUGACCGGGCCGGGGGCCGAGGGGAGGCGGCGGCGGCAGCAGCAACAGCAACAGGAGCGGGCUCAGCGUCCGGCGGAUGGUUUACAUUCUUGGCAUAGCUUCUCCCAACCGCAGGCCGGGGCCCGGGCCUCCUGCUCCUCCUCCUCCUCGAUCGCCUCCUCCUAUCCUGUCAGCCGCAGCCGGGCUGCCAGCUCCAGCGAGGAGGAAGAGGAGGGCCCACCGCAGCCGCCUCGGGCACAGAGUCCGGCCUACCACGGCGGCCACUCCUCGGGCAGUGAGGAGGACCAAGACGGUGAGGGCGGCCACCUCUGGGAAGGGAGGCCGGGACUCAGGCCUGGAAACUCCCUGUUGGAUCAGGACUGCAGGCCUGACAGUGAUGGGUUAAAUCUGGGCAGCAUGGACUCAGCAGGGGGAGCCAGGAGCCCCGAACCCCCAACAUCUCCAAGAGCCCCUAGAGAGGAAGGACUCCGGGAGUGGGGUCCCCCGCCCUGCGUCCCAGGUCCCCAGGAGGGACUGCUGCCUAUGUCUGACACCGUAGGAGGAGCUUUCCGUGUGGCCAAGGUGAGCUUUCCAGCGUACCUGGCCAGCCCCACAGGCUCCCGUGGUAGCAGCCGUUAUUCCAGCACAGAGACCCUCAAGGACGACGACCUGUGGUCUAGCCGGGGUUCUGGGGGCUGGGGUGUGUACCGCUCCCCUAGCUUUGGAGCCGGGGAAGGGCUCCUCUUGCGGUCCCAGGCUCGAACCCGUGCCAAGGGACCUGUGAGUACCACCAGACCGUUGAGGGAUGGAGGAUUAGAGCUGGACAAGAGCCGGCAGCGGAAGUCCCUGUCAAAUCCAGAUAUUGCCUCAGAGACCCUGACACUGCUCAGUUUCCUGCGCUCAGACCUUUCAGAGCUGAGGGUCCGAAAGCCUAGUGGGGGCCCAGAGGACCAUGGGAGCAACCCCCUAGAUGACAGAGACUCACCAUCAGCAGGUGACCCUGUGGGACAACUUGGACCCAUGCCCACCCCAGCCCCAGCAUCACCUGGCACCCGCCCCACACUCAAGGACUUGACGGCCACCUUGCGGAGAGCAAAGUCAUUUACCUGCUCUGAGAAGCCCAUGGCCCGCCGGCUGCCCCGUGCCAGUGCCCUGAAGCCCAGCUCCUCUGAGCUCCUGCUGGCAGGCCCUGGUGCCGAGGAGGACCCACUGCCCCUCAUCGUCCAGGAUCAGUAUGUGCAGGAGGCCCGGCAGGUUUUUGAGAAGAUCCAGCGCAUGGGUGCCCAGCAGGAUGAUGGAAGCGAUGUGCCCCCUGGAAGCCCUGACUGGGGAGGGCAUGCAACCCAAGGGCAACGGUCUCAAGAAGAGCUCUCGGGCCCUGAGUCCAGCCUGACAGAUGAGGGCAUUGGGGCAGACCCUGAGCCCUCUGUUGCAGCCUUUUGUGGCCUGGGUACAACAGGAGUAUGGCGACCCCUUUCCUCAUCUUCAGCCCAGACAAACCACCAUGGCCCCGGAACUGAGGACAGUCUAGGUGGGUGGCCAUUGGUGUCCCCUGAGACCCCUCCCACACCAGGUGCCCUCCGCCGGCGACGAAAAGUCCCACCUUCAGGUCCUGGUGGGACUGAACUGAACAAUGGGGAGGCAGGUGAAGCUUAUAGGUCCCUAAGUGACCCAAUUCCACAGCGACACUGGGCUGCCACCUCUGAGGAGCCCUCUGGGUUCUCCAUGGACAGCAACCUCCUGGGCUCACUGAGCCCCAAAACUGGGCUCCCAGCGACCCCAGCCGUAGAUGACGGCUUGACCAGUGGUCACAGUGAUUGGUCUGUGGGCAGUGAAGAGAGCAAGGGGUACCAGGAGGUUAUUCAAAGCAUUGUUCAGGGGCCUGGUGCCUUGGGGUGUGUGGUGGAUGACAGGGUUGCUGGCAAAGCCCCCAAGAAGAAAUCUCUGAGUGACCCCAGCCGCCGUGGGGAGCUGGCUGGGGCUGGAUUCGAGGGCCCUGGAGGGGAGCCCAUCCGAGAAGUUGAGCCCAUGCUGCCUCCGUCCAGCAGUGAGCCCAUCCUUGCAGAGCAGUGGGCAGAGCCAGAAGAGCCUAGUCCUGCUAGGGGCCGAGCAAAGUCUGAGCGGGCUCUACCUGAGGCCCUGCCUACCUCCACUGCCCACCGGGACUUUCACCUUGACCCCAAGCUGGCUGACAUCCUGUCCCCGAGGCUCACUCGCCGAGGCUCCAAGAAGCGCCCAGCUCGGAGCAGUCACCAGGAGCUUCGGAGAGAGGAGAGCAAUCAGGACCAGACUGGUGGCCUGUCUCGGACCCAGCCAUCCUCCAAACAUGUUCGCCAUGCCAGUGUGCCCGCCACCUUCAUGCCUAUCGCGGUGCCUGAGCCACCAACUUCUGUUGGCCCACCUGUGGCUGUGCCGGAGCCCAUGGGCUUCCCUGCCCGAGCCCACCCCACAUUGCAGGCACCAUCGCUUGAGGAUGUUACCAAGCAGUACAUGCUGACCCUGCACUCGGGCGAGGUCCCUGCCCCAGUGCCUGUGGACAUGCCCUGCUUGACUCUGGUUGCACCACCCUCUGCAGAGGCCAAGCCCCCUGAGGCAGCCCGGCCUCCUGAGGAGCCUGCCCCAGCCAUCAAGUGCUGCAGCAAGCCACAGGUGGACAUGCGGAAGCACGUGACCAUGACCCUGCUGGACACCGAGCAGUCGUACGUGGAGUCACUGCGCACCCUGAUGCAGGGCUACAUGCAGCCGCUGAAGCAGCCAGAGAACUCCUUGCUGUGUGACCCAUCGCUGGUGGACGAGAUCUUUGACCAGAUCCCCGAGCUCCUGGAGCACCACGAGCAGUUCUUGGAGCAGGUUCGGCACUGUGUGCAGACCUGGCAUGCCCAGCAGACGGUGGGAGCCAUGCUCGUCCAGUCGUUCUCCAAAGAUGUCCUGGUGAACAUCUAUUCCGCCUAUAUUGAUAACUUCCUCAAUGCAAAGGAUGCCGUGCGAGUGGCUAAGGAGGCGAGACCUGCCUUUCUCAAGUUCCUGGAGCAAAGCAUGCGUGAGAACAAGGAGAAGCAGGCACUGUCUGACCUCAUGAUCAAGCCUGUGCAGCGGAUCCCACGCUAUGAGCUUCUGGUGAAGGACCUCCUGAAGCACACACCUGAGGACCACCCAGACCACCCACACCUGCUGGAUGCACAGCGGAACAUCAAGCGGGUAGCUGAACGCAUCAACAAGGGUGUCCGGAGCGCGGAGGAGGCAGAGCGGCAUGCCCGAGUGCUGCAGGAGAUCGAGGCUCACAUCGAGGGCAUGGAGGAUCUCCAGGCCCCUCUGCGGCGGUUCCUGAGGCAGGAGAUGGUCAUUGAAGUGAAGGCAAUUGGCGGCAAGAAGGACCGUUCCCUCUUCCUGUUCACGGACCUCAUCGUCUGCACCACCCUGAAGCGGAAGUCAGGCUCCCUGCGGCGCAGCUCCAUGAGCCUGUACACGGCAGCCAGUGUCAUCGACACGGCCAGCAAGUAUAAGAUGCUGUGGAAGCUGCCACUGGAGGACGCUGACAUUAUCAAAGGGGUGACCCAAGCCACCAAUCGGGAGAACAUCCAGAAAGCCAUCAGCCGCCUAGAUGAGGACCUCACCACCCUGGGCCAAAUGAACAAGCUCUCUGAGAGCCUCGGUUUCCCCCACCAGAGCCUGGAUGACGCGCUGCGGGACCUGUCUGCCGCCAUGCACCGGGACCUGUCGGAGAAACAGGCGCUGUGCUACGCCCUGUCCUUCCCACCAACCAAGCUGGAGCUCUGUGCCACACGGCCCGAGGGCACCGACUCCUUCAUCUUUGAGUUCCCCCAUCCGGAUGCCCGCCUCGGCUUCGAACAGGCCUUCGAUGAGGCCAAGAGGAAGCUGGCAGCCAGCAAAAGCUGUCUAGACCCGGAAUUCCUGAAGGCCAUCCCCAUCAUGAAAACCCGCAGCGGCAUGCAGUUCUCGUGCGCGGCCCCCACCCUGAAUAGCUGCCCGGAGCCCUCGCCCGAGGUGUGGGUGUGCAACAGCGAUGGCUACGUGGGCCAGGUGUGCCUGCUGAGCCUGCGCGCCGAGCCGGACGUGGAGGCCUGCAUCGCCGUCUGCUCCGCGCGCAUCCUCUGUAUCGGGGCGGUGCCCGGCCUGCAGCGACGCUGCCACCGGGAGCGGCCUCCAUCGCUGAGGGGUCCCGGCGAGACGGCACCGGAGCCCACCGGGCCAGAACUGGACGUGGAGACCGCUGUGGACGAGGAAGCAGCGGCACUGGUGGAGCCGGGGCCCCAGCCCUGCCUGCACAUUUCCAUCGCAGGCUCGGGCCUGGACAUGGUGCCGGGCCCAGCCGAGGGCGACCCUCGCCCAGAGCUGGUGCCCUUUGACAGUGACUCUGAUGAUGAGUCUUCACCCAGUCCUUCCGGGACCCUACAGAGUCAGGCCAGCCGGUCCACCAUCUCCUCCAGCUUUGGCAAUGAGGAGACCCCAAGUUCCAAGGAGGCCACGGCAGAGACGACCAGCUCAGAGGAGGAGCAGGAGCCUGGCUUCCUGUCACUGUCUGGCUCCUUUGGGCCUGGCGGCCCCUGUGGCACCAGCCCAAUGGAUGGGAGAGCCCUUCGCCGCUCCAGCCGCGGCUCUUUCACCCGGGGCAGCCUUGAGGACUUGCUGAGCGUUGACCCCGAGGCCUACCAGAGCUCCGUGUGGCUGGGCACUGAAGAUGGCUGUGUCCACGUGUACCAGUCCUCCGACAGCAUCCGUGAUCGCAGGAACAGCAUGAAGCUCCAGCAUGCAGCCUCUGUGACCUGCAUCCUAUAUCUGAAUAACCAGGUGUUUGUGUCUCUGGCCAAUGGAGAACUUGUGGUCUACCAAAGAGAAGCAGGCCGUUUCUGGGACCCCCAGAACUUCAAAUCAGUGACCCUGGGUGCUCAGGGGAGCCCCAUAACCAAGAUGGUAUCUGUGGGCGGGCGGCUGUGGUGUGGCUGCCAGAACCGCAUCCUUGUCCUGAGUCCUGACACGCUGCAGCUGGAGCACACGUUUCACGUGGGGCAGGACUCAAACCGCAGUGUGGCUUGCAUGGCGGACUCCAGCCUGGGCGUGUGGGUGACAUUGAAGGGUAGCGCCCAUGUGUGUCUCUACCAUCCAGACACCUUUGAGCAGCUGGCAGAGGUAGAUGUCACUCCUCCCGUGCACAGGAUGCUCGCAGGCUCGGAUGCCAUCAUCCGGCAGCACAAGGCCGCCUGCCUGCGGAUCACGGCGCUGCUGGUGUGUGAGGAGCUGCUGUGGGUGGGCACCAGUGCCGGCGUCGUGCUCACCAUGCCCACCUCGCCUGGUACUGUCAGCUGCCCACGGGCACCACUCAGCCCUGCCGGCCUCGGCCAGGGACACACUGGCCAUGUCCGCUUCUUGGCCGCAGUCCAGCUGCCAGACGGCUUCAACCUGCUCUGCCCAACCCCACCACCUCCCCCGGACACAGGCCCCGAGAAGCUGCCAUCCCUGGAGCACCGGGACUCCCCUCGGCACCGAAGCCCCACCUCGGCCAGGCCUAAAAUGCUGGUUAUCAGUGGAGGUGACGGCUACGAGGACUUCCGGCUCAGUAGUGGGGGCGGCAGCAGCAGUGAGACUGUGGGCCGUGAUGACAGCACAAACCACCUCCUCCUAUGGAGGGUGUGAGCCUGUCCGCUGUGGCCCAGGACUUGCCCGCCCACCUGCCCAUCAGCCUGCCUGCCUCCUCCUAGCCCUCACGCAGACCUUGACCAGGAGUGUCUGGCCAGGGGCGCACGUGUGCCCUCGUGGGCUCUGUCUCGUCGUCGCAGAAGCAUUCCUGAUGGAACACCCGCUGGCCAGCUAGGCCAAGGCCUCUCCUGGCCCUCUGGCUGCUCUGGUGCCCCCAGUCAUGACAGGGUGGGGGGCACGUGCGCUGCCCAGGACCUCUGUCCCUGGAGCUUCUACCAAAGACGCGGUUGGGCCUGGACCCCACAGGGCUGGGGAGGGCCAUGUGCAAUAUUUGGGGACAGUUUUCUGGGGGCAGCGGGAAGGCUGGGGAAUGAAGUCCUUUCCCAUGUACAGUAUUUAUGUUCCUUUUCAGAUGUAUACCUUCCCAAGCACUUAUUUAUGCAAUGACCUGGGGUAGGGGAUGAUUUGAGGAAAUGACAGGAGGAAAAUAACCCUAUUCCUGCCACCCUGGGACCCUAACCAAGCCUUCCUGGAGGGACCAAUCCCCUCCCCUUGCGUGCGUGCGCGCGCGCGCGCGCACACACACACACACACACACACACACUGCAUGUUAGGGCACUAAAGCACUGCCCUUUCACAUCAACUUUCCAAGGCCCCGUCCUGACUGGGCUGACCUCUGUCAUCCAGGACAAGAUGGUGACUACUGGGGCAGUGGCUCCCAGCUGGGGGCCUCCCCAGGCCUUGGCAUUUCCCAGUUUGUUGGUGGUGCCUUGAGUAGUUUCCUGAUUUGGGAACACUGAUGGGGCCUUGGCCAGGGUUUUCUCUCAGGUAGGAGAAAAGGGCCCCCGUGCUCUUUGCAAAGCCCCCAUCCCCAGCCCCGCCUCCCCGUGUCUCAUGCACUGGCACAUACAGUCACCUCGGGGCGGACCUAGGAGCCCCUCACCCUGACCACCGAGUCUCUCUCUUCACACUUCCUGCCGGGGCAGCCCCUCCAGGAAGGACCCCCAAAGCUCAGGGGCUGGAUGUGGCCUCUUCAGCUGCGAAGGCUCCCUCCCGAGGGAGUGUCCCCAAGCCCCCGGCCGGUGGGGAGCCAGCCCGACCCUCAGCCCCCUCGCUGCUUCAGCUACAGCUCCAAAGGUCUGGUUUCAGAUGGGGUUUGUUUUGUUCUGUUUGGUUUUGGUUUUGUUUGGGGUGGGUGGGUCAUUGUGGUCUUAGAUUAUGUUUCUCUUGCUACUCUCUUUGGAUGAUGAAGUUUAAAGAGUCAAUAAACAGAAAUACCAAACCGUU